ACAGCUGUACAAAUAAUGUCUAAAUUAUUAAUAAAGGCGGAAAGCCAGUUCGGUCAGAGAAGACUCAGCGGCUGAGCAAGAUGGCGAAAUCAUUAGCGUUGUUAGCUGUCGUUAUCAUAUCUGUGGGAAUCUCAGCGGCUGCGGCCCAGAGCACAGAAUGCAACAAACCGAACGAGGAGAAGCGCUGCGUACAGUCCUGCCCACCGCAGAAAACCUGCCGAAACAUGGACAUCAAAGUAACCUGCCUGUUCAUGAUUGAAGAGUGCAAGAACAGGUGCGUCUGCAAAGCAGGGUUCUUCAGAAAUGCUGGCGGCGAAUGUGUCACUAGGGACUAUUGCACAAUGUGCGGUGGCCAAAACGAAUACUACUCGUGCCGGGUUCAACCAGACCAGACGUGUGCGGCGCCCGAAGCCGACACGACAGCAGACCAGAACAGUGGGCAGUGUAAGGAGCAAUGCUACUGCAACCCUGGUACCGUGAGGGACGAGAACGAUGUGUGCGUGCCGACCGACCAGUGCAACAAACCAUGCGGUGUCGACGAAACAAAAGACUACUGCCCAGCUGACUGCGCCUCCGACUCUUGCCCAAAGGGCCCGAAGACCGUGGCUUGCGCUCGCCCGAAUGUCUGUCCCCCGCCCCAGUGCAAGUGCAGAUUCAACCACCGUCGUGCUGAGAAUGGAACUUGCAUACCUACACGCGAAUGCCCCCCAUUCAAAUGUGACCAGGCCAACGAAGAAUACGACCCCUGCCCGCCGCUCUGUCCAAACGGCUCCUGCAGCCAGGCGACGCCGUCAGGAGACUGUCCUCCAAUCUUCGGAAACAUUGGCAUCGUGCUGGAAUGUAACCCGAGCUGCCGCUGCAAGAAGGGCUACUUCUGGAACGAGGACAAAGUUUGCGUGCCUUACAAUCAAUGCCCUGGCAAAAGCGACUCCAAUGCUUCGGAAUAAAGAAUGAAAGUACUUCAAGGUAUUUAGGUGAUUAAGUAAUUACCUAAGAAAGUAGAUAUAUUUACUAUAAAUAAAUCGAAAUAUGAGAACGAAA